UUCUUCUCUCAACGUUUCAAAGCAAUCGAAACCACAAUCAUAUUGUGUCUCUCUAUUUGAUCAGAAAAAUCUCAAAGCUUCUCUGUUUCAUUUUUAAUUAUACAAAGCUUUGCCUGUUUUUUUUUUUUUUUUUUCCAGUUUUCUUCUUUUAGUAAAUCUGCAUUUCCCCCUUCUUCUUCUUUUUUGUAUUCAUUUUGGCAGUAUAAUUCUUAUCUAGACUACCCUAAUAUCAAUCGUCAAUGGCUCCUCAAAUCAAAGAUGCGCACAUUGUAGAAAUCAAAGUAGACGAAGAGCACCAGAACAAACUCUUAUCUGCCAUGAGCACAAUCUCGACGGCAAUGCAUCAUCACCCACUAAUGGAAAUCUCCGAGAGCCCCGGCCAUCUUUUGCUUCUCAAGCUCUGGCAAAGAGAGGAGGACCUUUUUGGCCGGCGCAUCGCUCUCAAACAAACUAGAUUGGACUCGAUAAAAAGAGAGCUUUUUCAGCUGUGCUGUUUCUUCUUCAUCUUUCAUGGGUUUUUCUUGACCAUUUUAUUUACCUCUUCGGUUAACUCCCGAGAGGAGCAUAAACAGACUUGCAAGAAAUGGUGGAUACCUGGUCUAUUAUCUGUCUCUACCUCGCUUGUUCUUGUGUUCUUGGUCCAGGUGAAACUUUGCAGGUAUUGGAAGGUGUCGAGGCAGUUGCAGAGGGAGAGAAACGAUGGACGAUCGCUCACGAGGUGCAUUCAGGAACUAAGGAUGAAAGGAGCUAGCUUUGAUUUGUCGAAGGAGCCACAGAGUGGGAAGAGGAUGAAAAGCUCGAGCGUGGAAAUAAAAUGGAAGCCGAUUAAUUGGUGUUCUCGGAAUCUGAUGACCUUAGCUCUUGUUUGCUUUGCAGGUUUGGUGCUUCCGGCUAGCAAGCUCAUCCUCUGCGGCUUCUGAUCGUGGGAGUUGUUUAUUUUAGUGGGCUUCUCUGUUGCAGCAUCACGUUUCUGCAGACGGGUGAUCUUGAAGAAUGUAACGCGAAAUAGGUUGUAUAUGAACUAUCUGAAUCUGAUCAAUCCAAACCAGCAUCAAAGUACUUUCCAACAUUUCGUCAAUGUUAGAAGAGAUGGGUGGGUAAUGGCAGAAAUUGAUCUCUUCCAGGGGAUGAAGCAUCUUCGGUCCGAUUGAUAAUUAUGUUUCUACACUCGGUAGAACAAGCAAUUUAUGCAAGUAUUGGAGGUUGUGAUUACGUGUCGGCUGAAAGUUGGAAGAAAUUUAUCGGAUUUUUUCCCAUCUGAUCUGAACUCGGCUUCCAUUUUUUUACAUGAGAGAUGCCUGAUUGUGGAGAAUUGCUCAAUCACAGUAGGAGGAUAUAUUUAUUUGCCAAGUGGGUAGAAGCAAAUUCAAAAGACCUUGUUUGAUAGGAUAGGAGGAUCUGAUCUUGGCUCCCUCCCAAUGAAGAAGCAACACUGCCUGUGUUGUGUUCUUACUUCCUUCUAUAUUCAGAAAAUAACAUUCAUUCUUAUUGAGAAUUUGAGAGACUUGUUUACUGUAAAGCUUGCACUCUAGCGUAUCUCGUUUAUCAUCAAUAUGUAAAAUAUAUUGACACAAAAGCAAAUUCAGAAAAAUAUUUGAGAA